AUGCUGGUGAAAGAAAGCACCAAGGUCGCCCAUCAAGAAGAUGAGCUUAAGGAGAAGGAGCAAGCCUUGGCAGAAAGGCAGAACAAGACACGCACAGCGCGAGCUACAAGACCUUAA